UCGCACGUCCCUUUGAGCCCAUCGAGCGAAAGAAAAAAAGGUAAGGAGGAAAGAGUAGUCGGAACCCGGCGACAGAGGGGGGAAGGGAUCGGAAGUGAGAUCGGGUGGCACUUAGAUCUGGUGAUGCAGAAGUAACAGAUACCGAUGACGGAGGACUACUUUCCCUUUUCCAUCUUGGAGUGCGGUGGGGUUAUAAGCGCUCGUUCCUGAGGCACUUUGGGUUGGUUUCCUCUUCGAUUUAAGAGCCGCUAAUUUUUUCUAUGGUGCAACGGCUUGGUUGAAGGUUCCCAGGGUGUGACAAGCUCAUUGUUUAGGUCUGGGUGACUGCCAUUGGUAUAGUAGUGUUUGGCCUUUGUGCCUCUUCGGAGGAUCUACAUUCGGCCUUGGGCUGCCUAAAUGUCGUUCCGCAGUAUUGUUCGUGAUGUGAGAGAUAGUUUUGGGAGUUUAUCUCGGCGUGGUUUUGAGGCACGGCUCUCAGGCCAUCACAGGGGAAAAUCUCAGGGUGCAGUGCAUGAAGUGCUCGACCAAUGUCUGGUGGUUCAGGAUAGCUGCUGGGCUAGUCUUCCUCCUGAGCUUCUCCGUGAUGUGAUCACCAGGUUGGAAGCUAGCGAAAGCACAUGGCCUUCACGUACAAAUGUAGUGGUUUGUGCAGGUGUUUGCAGGUCAUGGAGGGAAAUGUGUAAAGAGAUUGUCAAGAGUCCCGAGUUCUCUGGAAAGCUCACCUUUCCAGUCUCCCUGAAGCAGCCUGGUCCACGGGAUGGUUCCAUCCAAUGCUUUAUUAAGAGGGACAAAUCAGCUCUUACUUAUCAUCUUUACCUGUGUCUUAGCCCAGCUGUGCUUGUUGAGAAUGGGAAGUUCCUUUUAUCAGCUAAGAGAAUUCGUCGCGCAACUUGUACAGAAUACAUAAUAUCUACAAAUGCUUGCAAGAUAACCAGAUCAAGUAACACUUAUAUUGGAAAACUGAGGUCAAAUUUCCUCGGUACCAAGUUUGUAAUGUAUGAUACCCAACCGCCAUAUAAUGGGACAGCUUCCUCCCAACCUGGCAAAAUUAGCCAGAGAUUUUACUCCAGAAAGGUCUCACCAAAAGUGCCAACUGGCAGCUACAAUGUAGCCCAGGUGACAUAUGAGCUGAAUGUGCUGGGAACAAGGGGCCCUAGGCGGAUGCACUGUGUUAUGCACUCCAUUCCUGCCUCAGCGCUCGAUGCUGGUGGAACAGUCCCCGGUCAACCAGAGAAUCUGCUUCCCCGCUCUCUGGAGGAUUCUUUUCGGAGCAUAUCGUUUGCCAAAUCAUCAAUUAUGGAUCAAUCCAUGGAUGUCAGCAGUUCACAUUUCUCAGACAUUACUGGAGGAGCUAGAGUGGCAGAUGCUGAAGACGACGAAGCCAAGGAGAGGCCUCUGAUUCUUCGUAACAAGGCUCCCAGGUGGCACGAACAGUUGCAGUGUUGGUGCCUAAAUUUCCGGGGGCGUGUGACUGUGGCCUCAGUCAAAAACUUCCAGCUCAUUGCUGCGAUACAACCAUCUGCAGGGGUUCCAACUCCAUCACAGUCAGUGCCACCAGAGCAUGACAAGGUCAUACUACAAUUUGGAAAGGUUGCAAAGGACAUGUUUACCAUGGAUUACCGGUACCCAUUGUCAGCCUUCCAGGCCUUUGCCAUCUGCUUGAGUAGCUUUGACACCAAAUUGGCUUGUGAAUAGAGAAUGGCUUGGAAGAAGAACCAAUAUCUGGUACCAGAUUCGGGGGCAAAAAUCUGCUCUUAAUGUAUGUUAUCUGUUCCUGCUUUUAAUGCCAUCACUCUGACUCAAUUAACUGUUAUCCAUUCUCUGCUCAUCUUUGUUUUUCUUUCCAAGUUUCAGCUUCUGUAACAGCCUUUCCAUGUGGUAACCAAUGAAUUUUAUUGAGUUCACAUGUUUAUGGCUAUGCCUUCUGUGGCCAGCCUUUUCCUAUUCAA